AUGAAGCUUAUCCCCACCCACCACUUCCGAGACAUUGAGCGGAAACCAGAAUACCUUCAGCCAGAAAAGUUUGUCCCACCUCCCUACCCUGGUCCUGCGGGAACCAUGUGGUUUAUCCGUGACGGCUAUGGCAUCGCCUGUGCCAUUGUGAACUGGUUUCUGGUCCUCUAUGCGGAGUUUGUGGUCCUCUUUGUCAUGCUGAUUCCAUCUCGAGACUACGUGUACAGCAUCAUCAACAGAACUGUGUUCAACCUGCUGGCCUUCUUGGCCUUGGCUUCCCACUGCUGGGCCAUGCUGACGGACCCCGGGGCAGUACCCAAAGGAAAUGCCACUAAAGAGUUCAUCGAGAGUUUGCAGUUGAAGCCUGGGCAGGUGGUGUACAAGAGUCCCAAAUGCUGCAACAUCAAGCCUGACCGAGCCCACCACUGCAGUGUUUGUAAGCAGUGCAUUCACAAGAUGGACCACCAUUGUCUCUGGGUCAAUAACUGUGUCGGCGAGAACAACCAGAAGUACUUCGUCCUGUUUACAAUGUACAUAGCCCUCAUUUCCUUGCACGCCCUCAUCAUGGUGGGAUUCCACUUCCUGCAUUGCUUUGAAGAAGAUUGGACAAAAUGCAGCUCUUUCUCACCACCUACCACGGUGAUCCUCCUCAUCUUGCUGUGCUUCGAGGUGCUGCUCUUCCUCAUUUUCACGUCAGUGAUGUUUGGGACCUAAGUGCACUCCAUCUGCACAGAUGAAACGGGAAUAGAACAAUUGAAAAAGGAAGAGAGAAGAUGGGCUAAAAAAACAAAGUGGAUGAACAUGAAAGCCGUUUUUGGCCACCCCUUCUCUCUAGGCUGGGUAAGCCCCUUUGCCACGCCAGUCCAAGGAAAGGCAGACCCGUACCAGUAUGUGGUCUGA